AUGGUGGAUCGAACAUCCAAACGGUCAUGGGGAUACGCCGUCCCACUCGGCAAACUGAUGCGUCAUUUCAACGCUGACACUGACCCUGUUGUUUUCCUCGCCCCCAGCAAAAUCGUAAAAUCGCAUCAAUUUAUCAGACCGGAGGAGAAGCAAGGAAAAACAAAGGUCUCCGGCAAUACAAGCGGCCGAAGAAAGACAACAGCUAAAAAUAAGAAGGCUCCGGCUAAAGAAAAAACUGUAAGCAAUGCGGAUAAGCAACCGACUGGAUCGGCUAAUCCGCAGUCCGACACUAUUAACACAGAAAAUUCGGUAUCCAGCUCUGGCCGAACCGCUUCACACCACACCGGAGAGGAUCGGACUGGCAAAGGGAAAGAACCAAUGGUCGAAGAACAAUCGGCCAGAACUGAUAAUGUUGAUGCCGGUUCGGGCAGACAACAGGAAGAAAAUGAAACCGCGGAUGAACACAUCCGAAAAAUGGGCGAGGAUCUCGUUAACCAAAUAAUGAAAGAAAUUCACGAGCAGGCUCACGCUGCAAGUGACGUCUACUUUCAAUGGGCCCUGAACCGACAGGAAAAUUUCUACAAAAACAUGCUACCAGAACAUCCUGCUGACCGGAAAUUCGAAAAGCUGGUUGAGAUGGAAGCGGAAGUCAUCAACCUCACAAAGGCUCAGAGCGUCUUGACCGCUCUUCGACGAAGAAGGAUGGUCGAACCGCAUGCACGGUUACUAGGGCUCACCGAACACAUCCAACUUCUUCAAAGAAAGCAUAUCCCAGGGACAGCGAACUCUCAAUUUGAGCUCUUGGUGUUGGACAUGCUAGCGGUCAAAGAACAGGAACUGACCGAGGAGCUGGCACGGUUGGAAGCUGAACCCGAACACCAAGAGGUGUCGGUCUUUUCCAGAUCUCAACCUGAGGAUGAAGGCGGUCCGAAUCCGGCCGAAGACGAGCAUAUCUCUCCUCCACCGGAACAGGAAAUCAACAACACCGAACUCGGGACGGGUACAUCGCCCACUGAUCAACACAUAUCUCUUCAAACCGACAAUGAAUCGGUAUUGGCGGUAACAGAUGAUAGAGUAAAGGAUCUAAUCGAGGAAUUUGUCAAUGCCGCCAUUCUGCCGUGGCAAAAGAAGAUAAAAAAAACCGCGACUAAAUCCAUCGAGAUGAUUGAGUCUACAAAUAAAGAGCUAGAAACCGCGGUCGGACGGAUCAUGUCUGUUGAGGACAAAUACGACAUGACCGACCUUUUGUACAGUGACACAACUUACAGAACUAAGGUAUUGGAGGCCGCAACUAAGAAGUUGGAGACCGACAUCGCUCUUACCAGCCAAAAGGUCGGUAUGGCAGAACUAAACCAAUUAACAACCGAUCAAAGGCUGAAAAAGAUUGAUGGGGAUCUGGCUCAAUCCGGUGUCCAGGCCGGUUCUACACUUGAGAGAGUGGCAAUGCUUGAAGAGAAGCAUGCCAAGACCGAGGCCGAUCUAAAGGCGGUCACCGAACAGCUGGCGGAGAUGAUAGCGGCAAAGCUGGCAGCUGACAAAGCACUUGAGGAGGAAAAUGAGUUCGCGGCCUAG